UUGCACGAUCCUCCUUCAGCUGUCAGUCUAGGGGCAGGUCGUGUGCUGUGGCUGAAAGAGUUCGGCAGCAGGCACGGGAGAUGCUGCGCUUUUCCGUUUGCGGUCGGCCCCUGGCAACGGCGGUCUGGAGGACAAGCUAUAGGACGUACGGGUGCCCAAGGAGCUGCGCGCUCAGCUGCGUUUUACCGGCUCGUGGCACGGGGCGGGACGGCCCACACAGGAACCACGUGCUCCUCAACCAGGUCGCUCUGCCUUGUGUGAAUGCUGUUCGCUUUACUAACACUGCUUCUGGAAGCUCUGAAGGCGGCAGAUUGAUCUAUGUUGGGAAUUUGGGCAGAGCAGUGCUUGGUGUGAAAUUUUUUUCAUAUUCUACCAGUGUCUUCAGUGCAUGUGUGGUUCCCUACCUUAUGCUCAAAACCGGUAUCGGAGUGGACAGCAUUGCGUUAAAAGUUGUGUUUUGCAGCUUUGUGGGCUUCUUCACGUUUAUCACGCCAGUGACUCUGCAUAUGAUUACAAAGGGAUAUGUGAUACGCUUAUAUCAUAACAGCGACACGGACACCUAUACAGCAGUGACCUAUAAUGCUCUGCUUACUGAGAAAAAGACAGUAUUCUCUCAAAAGGAUGUGGACAUCCCAGGAGUUAGCAAAAUGUUUACAACAUUUUAUGCCAGGAAGAAAUCUAUGCUGGUGAAUCCAAUGCUAUUUCCAAACCCUCGUGACUAUAAUCAUCUUAUGGGGUAUGAUAAACCCUUUACGUUUAAUCCUGAAGAACUGAACCAGUCCCCUGAGGAGAAAUAAAAGAUCAGACUGUAA